AUGGUUGAGAUAAGAUUAAAAACGCAGAACUCAAGUUGCGAGUUUAACUUAGACUUUAAUGAGGUCAAACUGCCAAAUGAUUUAAAUAUUUUAAAAGAUUUAGAAAAAGAAGUGGAAAAUUCUAUUUAUUAUCUUAAAAGAUCUAAUGAGGAAAUAAAAAAAUAUGAUCCCGAAGGCAAGGAUAACGAUUUGUUCUUAGCAUUAAAUGAAAAUAAAUUUGCCUUGAGUAGAAAAGAAGAAAGGCUCAAGUUAAUAAAAAGCAAAAUACAGAAUUUAGAAUGUACAAAAGAUAAUUCUAGUGAUAUAAAAAACAGUUUACUAAGUAGUAACCCUUUAAAAAGAUUAAAUGAAGAAUCAGAUACAUCUGAGCUUUACGAAAAUGAGCAUGACAAGGAUGAGAAAAAUAGUACUUCAGAGAAGGAUAAUAUACAAGCAGAUCAUUUAAACGUUAACAAGGUAAGCAAUCCAAAUAGGCAUCAAAAUAAGGACUUCCCUAAUGAUAAGGAUUAUAACAGUGUAACAGUCCAGUGUACUGGGGGGGAAGAGGUGCAAGGGGCCAAAACUGUUGUAGAGGAAAGUGGUAUAUACUUGUAG